AUGAUGUUGAAGACGAAAUUCGCCAAGAGCACAAAGGACGAGCCCUUCGGACGGAAAGAGCGCGGGAACAGAUCCUGCGCGAGCACAAAGAAGCACGGCCCAACACCAAACUCGAACGCGGCAAUGAAGACGGCGAUGCCAGUGAUCGCAACGCCAUUCUUCACGUUCGUCUCGGCGACAUCGGGGUACACAGGGAUGCCGCACAGGAACAAGCACGCAACGGAAGCAGCGAGUGAGGCACCAAGGAACAGCUGCCGCAUCGUGAAGAACGAGGCGAGUGGGAUCGCCACCAGAGACGUCACGAAGUUCCAAAGCAUCACCACGAAGUUACCCACAAGAGCCUCCAUCCCCAAGCUGCUCAUGAUCGUCGGGGCGUAG